CUCUGGAGGAGGAUAUUAUCUUCACCUACAAUUUCUCCACCUUAGACUUUGAAUUGUGACAGUGUAAUAAUAACCAGUGAAGAGAGAGAUUUGAUACAGAGAGCUUUGAAGUUGAAGAAAUGGCUUGCUCCGCUACUUCAACCACCGGACUCAUCUCCUCAAUCGCCGCCACUACCAAAUCUAUGGCUUCUCCUAUCUGUAAAUCCUCUCAAAACCUAACUCUCCCCAAAUCCUUCUUCGGCCACCGCAAGCCGCUCCAAUCCCGCGCCCCACGAUCCAUAUCAAUGGCUCGUGGCUCUCAUUCGGGGAAGAGUUUUAUUGUAAAGGCCAGUGGUGAAGCUCCGCUGGUCGGAAAUACAGCACCUGAUUUUGAGGCGGAGGCUGUUUUUGACCAGGAGUUCAUUAAGGUUAAACUUUCAGAAUAUAUUGGGAAGAAAUAUGUGAUUCUCUUCUUCUAUCCGUUGGACUUCACAUUUGUUUGCCCCACAGAGAUCACUGCUUUCAGUGACCGUUAUGGUGAGUUUGAGAAGCUAAACACUGAAAUAUUGGGUGUUUCAGUUGACAGUGUGUUCUCCCACCUUGCAUGGGUUCAAACUGAUAGGAAGUCAGGUGGUCUUGGAGAUUUGAACUAUCCCUUGAUAUCUGAUGUCACCAAGUCAAUUUCAAAAUCUUACGGUGUGCUAAUCCCUGAUCAGGGAAUCGCUUUGAGAGGACUUUUCAUUAUUGACAAGGAAGGAGUCAUCCAACACUCCACCAUUAACAAUCUUGCUAUUGGGCGUAGUGUUGAUGAGACAUUGAGAACACUCCAGGCACUGCAAUAUGUGCAAGAAAAUCCAGAUGAGGUUUGCCCAGCAGGGUGGAAGCCUGGUGAGAAGUCGAUGAAGCCAGACCCAAAGCUGAGCAAGGAGUACUUUGCGGCAAUAUAGAGGGGUUAGCAAUAAAUUCCAAAUUUUCCAAUCAAUUUCAGAUAGGAGAUGUAAAUUUUUUUUCCAUUUUCAUGUAAUUUUUGUUAAAGAGCUUUGAUGAGCAGUUUCCGGAAUAAGUGCUUUGCAGAGAACUCGACUUGGUUGUUUUUGUCAAUUAAUUAAUGCAGCAAACAAAAUGGCUUCACUUUGUUUCUUAUUUA